UUUUUUAAAUGUAUUACAGCUCGCAGUCUCGCACGCCCUCAGCUCUUUGUUGCACAGAGCUGCUUGUGCACAUCGCCCCGUGCAUGGAUCAGCGUUUGCGAGCAAGAGCUAGCAUGAAAAAGGAAAGCUGCAUCUUUGGCAAAACAAACAUAAAACCUGAAAGACGUGUCUCAAAGUUGAGCGCCCAGUAAUGGCAGUUUAUAAAGUAGAGUACAUCACACCCGAAAAGGCAGAGCUUACAUCUGAUCAGCUCAUGUUAGCCAGUGCUUAGGGUUGAAUGAACUUAGCAGCAUUUUGUCUCUUGAACACUCCCACAGCGUAGCCACUAACUAACAGAUGCCCCUUCAGCAACUUAAAGCGGUGAGGGCCCAGAGUUUCUUCAGACAUGUCAGUGAGGGAGUCCUUUAACCCCGAAAGCUAUGAGCUGGACAAGAACUUCAGGCUCACCCGCUUUGCUGAGCUCAAGGGCACAGGCUGCAAGGUGUCCCAAGAUGUGUUACAGAAGCUGCUAGAAACACUACAGGAGAACCACUAUCAAGAGGAUGAACAGUUUCUGGGGGCAGUUAUGCCCCGAUUAGGCAUAGGCAUGGACACCUGUGUGAUCCCCCUCAGACAUGGAGGCCUUUCUCUGGUUCAGACAACAGAUUACAUCUACCCCAUCGUGGAUGACCCCUACAUGAUGGGAAGAAUUGCUUGUGCCAAUGUUCUAAGUGACCUGUACGCCAUGGGAGUGACAGAGUGUGACAACAUGUUGAUGCUUCUGGGAGUCAGCAACAAAAUGUCAGAGAAGGAGAGAGACAAAGUCAUGCCACUGAUCAUCCAGGGAUUCAAGGAUGCAUCGGAGGAGGCAGGCACAUCUGUAACAGGAGGGCAGACUGUGCUCAACCCCUGGGUGGUGAUGGGAGGAGUUGCCACAACAGUCUGCCAGCCCAAUGAAUUUAUCAUGCCCGACAAUGCAGUGCCAGGAGACGUGUUGGUGUUGACCAAGCCACUCGGUACACAAGUGGCCGUUGCAGUUCACCAGUGGCUAGAUAUUCCUGAGAAGUGGAACAAGAUCAAGCUGGUGGUAACCCAGGAAGAUGUAGAGCUGGCCUACCAUGAAGCCAUGAUGAACAUGGCUCGGCUCAACAGGACAGCGGCUGGUCUCAUGCACACCUUCAAUGCUCACGCAGCCACCGACAUCACAGGGUUUGGCAUCCUUGGCCACGCUCAGACGCUGGCACGGCAACAACGAAGUGAGGUAUCAUUUGUCAUCCAUAACCUCCCAGUCCUAGCCAAGAUGGCUGCCGUGUCCAAGGCCUGUGGGAACAUGUUCGGACUCAUGCACGGCACCUGCCCUGAAACAUCAGGAGGCCUGCUUAUCUGUCUGCCUCGGGAGCAGGCUGCCCGCUUCUGUGCCGAGAUUAAAUCCCCAAAAUAUGGCGAGGGCCACCAAGCGUGGAUCAUUGGGAUUGUAGAGAAAGGAAACCGCACUGCUCGCAUCAUUGACAAGCCACGGAUCAUAGAGGUGGCACCACAAGCAGCCACGCAGAAUGUCAACCCAACGCCUGGUGCAACUUCUUAAUCUUCCUUUGCUGCAUCAUAGACCGGAACCCCAAAAGCUCUGCCGAGUGAUUUUAGACACAUAAACUACAAAACCAUCCUAGAGUGUUGAAAUGUAUACACAAAAUAGUAUGUACCCAUAAAAGACUGGGUUGGCGUGUAUCUACAUGAAAAUCAGCCCCUCACAGUGGCCCAAGGGCAUGUCAUCACCCAGUGGACUCAACCUGCAGUAUCCCCAUGAUAAAAAAUCGCUAAGAAAUAGAGCAUACUUAAAAUCAUUUGCCUUUCAUGUCUCUUGUAUCCUGUUAUGUUAAAUGUGCGUGAUUGGCAGGCAGCUUCUGAUAAGAGAGUGAUGAUGAUGAAGACAAUUAUCUGAUGGUGUUGAUUCAUUUUGAAUUUUAGCAAGUCUGGUAUCUGUCGCCUCUUUGGGUCUUUUUAAAAUUGCUCUCAUCAAGUAAGCGGGCUGCGUGAUGGUGUUUCUGUUUGUCCAUUCACUUUGUACAGUUAAAGCCUAGUUUUAGUUCAUUACUGUAAACUGAUGCCUUGAAAGAAACUAAGUGUGACCAGAAUGGUUUGUUUUUUUAUUACUUUGACUUUUUGUAUUAUCCCCACCCAAACUAAUAAAUACUCAAGUAGAAGAUGGUUUGUUUUUGCCCGUUACCUGGGAGCUGCACUCAUGCGAAUUAACUAGAUUGAAUGUGACAUUUUAUCUACUUACAUCAUAAAACUGCAGAUAUAUUUUAUUUUUAUUUUUUUUACAUAAAGAAUUGAUGAUGCUCCAUCAUGCAAUGACCUGCAGUCAGAUUAAUUGUGGUAAAAAUUCAUAGAUGAGAGAAAUCUGCAUAUCCUUCUGGAGAUAAACCUCUCAACUGCAUUCCCAGUUUGUCAUUGCAUUUAAGGUAAUAUGGUGUUAAGAGUUUUAAUUAUAUGGUCACAGAGGUGUGCAGCUGUAGCAUUCUGGGUUGUUGACAAAAAGCACUCAGUGAGCGUGUUACCUUUGUUGAAGGUCUGGUGCAUUUAGUUUUGCUCUUCUAAAUAAAUGCUAGAAUAUGUGCUGUGAGCAGUCUGACUUCCUGUUAUGAAGCUUCCAGUUGAUCAAACUCUUGAUCCUUUUUCUUUAUCCUAAUAGCCUGGAUGAAUCUGGAAGGACAGUGUAAAUGUUCAUGUGGAUACCAGAAACGAGAUAUGACCUCCACCCCACCUUUUAAAAUAAACUUCUCUUAUAA